GUCAGUCCUGGAAGGCCCUGAGCUCCACCGACAAGCGCCCCUUUGUGGAGGAAGCAGAGCGCCUCCGUGUCCAGCACCUCCAGGAUCACCCCAACUACAAGUACAGGCCUCGCCGCAAGAAGACCACCAAGAAACUGAAGCGGGUUGAACCGGGGCUCCUGCUGCACAGCCUGGCCCAGGGAGGGGCGCCGGGCCUGGGCUUAGGACCUGCCUUGGGUGCAGAAAGCCUCUCUGGAGGUUCUGCCUACAUCCACCACCACCACCACCACCGUCACCACCAUCCCCACCACCUGCUGCCGUCUCUGGGCCACUUCAGGGACCUCCAGGCCCCAGGACCCCCAGACUUGGAGACCUACGGCCUGCCCACUCCGGAGAUGUCCCCUCUGGACGUUCUGGAGGACGGAGCUGGAGAGUCGGUGUUUUUCCCUCAGCACAUGCAAGAGGAGGCAGGGAUGGGAGGUUGGAGCUACCACCACCAGCACCAGCAGCACCAGCAGCAGCAGCAGCUCCACCACCCAAACCAGCACUACGGCCACCACUACCACAGCGCUGCACCCUGCCAGGGCUCAGCCAUGACUUUAGCCCUGAAUCCCAGUCCUGGCAGAAGCUCCAGACUUGACUCUCGAAUGAGCUCCGUCGAGUCCAAGCUAAACCUCGCCUCCAGUCACCAGGUCUCCUUGAGGAGUCCCGUCAGGUCUCUCCCCGACUCCCCCGUUUCCUACCAGCAGCCCCCCGUCAGCCUCCCGGAGCCGAUCAAAUGCCACCAAACCUCCCUGAACUCGGCCCCCGUCGCCUACUUCAACCAAACGUACGCCUCGAACUCCAGCCACUUCGCUCCGUCUCAUCUGGGGCAGCUUUCGCCUCCUCCUGAAGCGUCCCCGUCCUCCUGCUCCUCCGUCCCGCCUCCGUCCGCCUUCCUUCCCUCCAUGCACUUGGACCAGUCGAGUCCAGAACCCUCCGGACAUUUGGGGUCUUCCGCUGCUGAAUUCUGGUCCGAAGUGGACAGGCACGAAUUCGACCAGUACGUAAACGUCGGCAGGAAUCGAGAGGAGGCUUACGGAGCGGCUGGAGGAUGUGGAUCUAAAGUCCUCGGUAGCAUCAUCAGCAGGGAGGUCGGCGGUCUGAUGAGUGACGACGGCAGCAGCCCUUUGAUAUCUGCUCUAUCUGACGCCAGCAGCGCCGUCUAUUACAGCGCCUGCAUCACCGGAUAAACUCAGAUGUGCCUCCUGGUGCUUCUUGUUGGUUUUGGCUCAUACUUCUUUCUUAUGUCUCACUAAAUUGAAAUGAUUUUCUAAAUGCGAUGAAGAAUAAAUGCAAAUGAGGAGAAAAAACUGGAAUAAAAAUGACACAUAAAUCCAAACAGUCAGUGCCUGUUUUACAUUAAUAAAUACAUCCUUGGUCACAAACAGCUUUGACUUGAACUUGGGAAGUUGGUUAUUUAUAACCUGCAUUGAUUAUUUGUAGGAUUUAUUGGAUGUGAUUGGUACAUUAGCAGAUUUUGGCGCCUUUUUAGAAGCACCAAGGUUUGCGUUUUGCAGCAAAAUUAGCCACCCCAAAGAGAAAACACCAUUUCAGCUGCAUCCCUGUUGGUCCAAAUCAACACUACAAACAACAAUGAUCUCUCAAAAAUAUGUGAAAACUAGAAUUAAACUCAAGGAUAUCUUGCUACGAUGAUGUUUUUUGCUGGAUCUUGGCGUUAGCAUCACGUAGCGCUAAAUAAAAUAGAAGUUUUGAUCAAGAGCUGGAUGCACUGAUGGCCUGAACUGUACAAACUGUGCGAUUCAGGACAUCAGAAAGUUUUUACCAGCCUCAGAUUUUAACCCCGUUUUUGAUGUUUCAUCUCAGGACCCGACAAAUACUCGUCUCCUUCAUGAUGUUCUUGUAGAAAGAAAAGCCUCCACAUGUAUCUCAGCCGUCAGCAGUAACCCAGAUCAGACCGCUGAUGUCUUCCACAAACUACCAGGAUGUUUUACAGGCCGACUCGGGUUUAUUCUGGCCUCCAUACAUGCCAUUCGGUCCACCACGGGGCCCUCGUGUCGAACUCCACACCACAAUCUGCAGGUUUUAAGUUGCUCUGCGUCUUGCCAAACACGAAUAUGCUGAUAAUUCAAAGAUUAUUCUUUGGAAAACCAGCGUGGUGGUGUUGUUUUUUAUCCACUUUAACUGUCUAAACUGAAAAGGAUUUGCUCUACAAGCAGCAGGUCUAAAUCCCUGCAAGUAAAAUCAUGAAAACAUCUUAAUUUAUAUGUAAGUUCACACAUUCAUUUGUCUGUUCACACGCUUGGUGUUGUGAUUUGGUUUGAAUGAAGCUGUUUACUGUAAAUAAUGAUGCUUCUUGACGUUACGUGAAGGAGAAACUGAGACUAUGAAAUGUUCUCUUUGCACUGGGCUGAGCUGUAUAGAAGGACUUAUUGUUUAAAGAAAAUGUCCACAUUUUGCUUUUUUGUGCAGAAAGGAUUGUGUUGUUUGAUAGAGUCGUAUUUUUUCUUCACAGCGCCGGGAGGCAGUUAGCAAUUAGCCUAGCUUAGCAUGAGGACUUCAGACUUCAAAUCCACCAAUCAGCACCUCUGAUAAUUUAUCGCAGAGGGAGUCAUGCGGCGCAACAACUGCUCCACAAACCACAAAUUGUCUGUUUUUACUUUUCUGUUUGUGUCUCGCUUGAAUGAUUGGGACACGAGAUGUUUGAAUCGGUCGGGGAAUCACCUCCCGACCCGUCAUCAUCCCCAAACCAGAGGUAUAAAAGUGUUAAAUGAUCCCUUUAAGGAAGAUAAAUCUAUCCAAGCUCUG